AUGAAGCAUUGUUCCUACCUGGAGGGCCGUGUAGCUGUUACCCAGAGGGGAGGCCACGGGGAGGCAGAGGGGGGCCACAGCACCUACCCGACCACCCAGGACACUGACCGCGAUGGCCCACUGGUCACCACUGCUCCACCUUUCAACGUCCUCAACCACCACCCCCCUUACAAAGGCUUCCUGGCUCCGGAGUCGUACCACACCGACGACCUCCGCGGACACCCACAGUUUUUCGAAGACAGUGGGGGUGCCACCGUGCCAGGCUCGGGCCACCACCUGGUACAGGAGCCCUCCACGCAGCUGGUGCCCCACGAGGAUGCGCCGGCCUUCUCCGAUGUCGCUUCGCCAACCCCCACCACGGCGGCAACGCCUGCAUCCACCAUCACCGCCCGCGACCCUGCCGGCUCAGAUCAGCACGGGUCCAAGGUGGCGGACGCAAUGAACGGAAAAACCACAACGUCGCACAGAGAUUUCAUCAUGGCUGAAUCCCUGACAACUGCUACGCAUGCCUCCACCCCUCCCCCCUGUGCCAGUACUCCCAAUAUGGCUGUUACCAUGGGACGCGGCUCGUCAGACAGAGCCAGAGUUGCCAUAGCAACCACCGCAUCGCCGCCGGCCUUGGUGAAAACGGACACCAUCACCGAGAUAGAGAGGUCCGCAGCUCAGAAUAACAAGUCCCCAGACAAUGUGGUCCCUGCCGUUGCAUCUGCUGAUUUGGAGGAGGAAACCACGACAACCACCAUCAUCACCACCACUGUCAUCACAACCAUGCAGACCCCAGCUCCGUGUCUCACCAACUUCACGGCGCCAGAGGGCUACAUCGAGACGCCACAGCCGGCGCAGAUGCAGACGGGCUCCUGGUAUGAAACGACCGUGGACUGCACCUACACCGUGACCGUCUACAUGGGCUACGGCGUGGAGAUUCAGUUUUGA